AGCUUUUUAGGGCGGCUCCAGUUUUGUUUUAGUUUUCUCUCGUGUCUUAUGGUGUUCGGAAAAUUCUGCAUGACCCAGGAAAAUUUCUAGAUUUUGUGCAAAAUCUGCAUUGAAAGGGGCAAAAUUGUGCACGGCUGUGUAGCAGAAGUUGUUGGGAAACGGCAGAGAGUGAAAUUCGGCAUGCAGAGUUGUGAAAAUCGGUGAAUUCGACGGUGAAAAGUUUGCGCGAAAUCGAUCUCUCAUCCCGGAUACGAGCAAGUGUUUGUGCAGAAAAAGAAAAGUGAGAAGGAAAAGUGUUCAAGGUGCAAAGGUGGCGAAAAUUUGUAACUGGAAAAGCUUGCCAGUUUGAUAUCUGUUGUUCAUCGUGAGCGCUAGUUCUGCUUGAGGAAAAAAGUGUGUUUGAUAGUGAAGAUGUUUCUCUAGCGCAUAGAGAUGGUGGUUCCGCUCAAAGAAUCUGUCGGAAUUGGUGUUCAAAUGUGUGACUGAUACGAAAGCUCAAUCUGUUGAAUAGUGUUGCUCGGUCAGAGCUAUAAAUCUAAAAGAAAGCAUCAUCCUUCGCACAAAAUAGAGCGGAGGAGGUAGUAAGAGGCCGCGCUGUUUGCCUAGAAUAAGCCGGUCGAGGAAGACGACGACGGUGCCCAUAACACCGCUAAACGACGGUCGCGUGAUCUCUGCCACUUUUUCGUUUGAUCUGUGAUUUCGGCCAAGCUGCUGCUGGCCGAACCAACCAAAUCGUCCACGACGUUUUGUACGGAGGCAAUCCGCAUAAUGGGGUGCGCACAGUCGGCUGAAGAACGUGCAGCGGCAGCACGAAGCCGCCUGAUCGAGCGAAACCUCAAGGAAGACGGCAUCCAGGCGGCGAAGGACAUCAAACUGCUGCUGCUUGGAGCUGGCGAAUCUGGAAAAAGCACAAUCGUAAAACAGAUGAAAAUCAUUCACGAAAGUGGCUUCACGUCAGAGGAUUUCAAACAGUAUCGACCAGUAGUAUAUAGCAACACAAUCCAAUCGUUAGUGGCAAUACUGCGAGCGAUGCCCAAUCUCAGUAUUGCGUUUGGAAAUAAUGAGCGAGAGUGUGAUGCGAAAAUGGUGUUCGACGUGGUGCAACGGAUGCACGAUACGGAACCUUUCUCGGAAGAUCUCCUAUUAGCGAUGAAAAGACUGUGGUCGGACUCCGGUGUGCAGGAAUGUUUUUGCCGAAGCAACGAGUACCAGCUUAACGAUUCUGCUAAAUAUUUCCUGGACGAUCUGGAUCGAUUGGGUGCGAAAGAUUAUCAGCCUACCGAGCAGGAUAUCCUUAGGACGCGAGUCAAAACCACCGGUAUCGUGGAAGUGCAUUUCUCCUUCAAAAACCUAAACUUCAAACUGUUCGACGUCGGAGGACAGCGAUCGGAAAGAAAGAAAUGGAUCCACUGCUUCGAAGACGUCACCGCCAUCAUCUUCUGCGUUGCCAUGUCGGAAUACGAUCAGGUGUUACACGAAGAUGAAACCACGAACCGUAUGCAAGAAUCGCUCAAGCUGUUUGAUUCGAUCUGCAACAACAAGUGGUUCACCGAUACCUCAAUCAUUCUGUUCUUGAACAAGAAGGAUCUGUUCGAGGAGAAAAUUCGGAAAAGUCCCCUAACGAUCUGCUUCCCCGAGUAUACCGGUGGCCAGGAAUACGGCGAAGCGGCGGCGUACAUCCAGGCGCAGUUUGAAGCGAAGAACAAAUCCACCUCGAAGGAAAUCUACUGUCACAUGACCUGUGCAACGGAUACCAACAACAUCCAGUUUGUGUUCGACGCCGUUACCGAUGUUAUCAUAGCCAAUAAUCUGAGGGGUUGCGGUCUGUACUAAAGGGGUCCGUCGGAACCGAGCUGGACCGCGGUUCUGGGGCAGAAAACCCUCUUGUUUUUGUUUCUUUGUUUUCUUUAUUAUUAUCGAUUGGGAGAAGGGCCUGAAGGAUGGGCAGUAUUUAUUACAAAUUUGACUAUAAAUAUUAUAAAGUAUAUAGAAAUCCCACAAACAAGAGGAAAAGUUUAUAUUAGGAAGGGAGCUAGGCAAGUCAGAUAGGGAACAUGGAAAAUUGUUUGAGUGGUCUCAUUACAUAGGACAAAGAACAAAGAAAUGAGCUUGAGUGUCUUGAGUUUGGUAGGACACAGUUUCGGUAGCAGAGUUGAGAUUACUACAGCACGAGAGGCGUCGUUGAUCGAGGAGAAGAGCAAAUAUGGUAUGAAUAUCAGUGUUCAUGAAAAAGUACAUAUUUUAUUACAUCUUUUCGAUUAAUUACAAUCAGAUAAGGAAACUCCACAUUCACGCGAGCACGCUCCCGAUCCAACCGUUGAAAAGCAGAGGUGUUACUUCACUAACUGCAGAUUGUAAAAUGGGAUGACUACCAACUUUUACCCCAAUUUAUUUGGAGCAGCGAGGGCUGAUGUAAUCACACUAAAAACCACAUAAACACAUGAUUCACUUGAGCGCUCAUUAUAAUUAAAGUUAUAAACCAUAAUUAACUUAUACCCAGAAGCAAAUCGUACUCAUACAAGAACCAAUUUUCUCGUACAAGUAUUCGCAUAAAUCAGAUCGACAUUUGUAUUUUGAUACGUCUUUAUCUCGGAAGAAUGCUUUAUUUAUUUUGUACAUUGUACCCAUACACACAUGACGAAUAAUUGAUCUAAAUACAUUUCUAUUUAUAUUUAUUUUAGUGUGUAACUUAAAAGCCAUGAACGUUUUUUUUGGUUUUAGCACAAAGUAUUCUAACGCUUUCGACGGUAGUCCUACUAGAAAAGAAAAAAAGCACAUGAAUAGCACAAAGCUGAUGAGCGGCGAACGGAAUUUGAUCAAAGCAAACCGCGGAGGCACAAACGCAAUCGAAUCGCGCGAAAAACGCAGUAAUGCCAUGCCAUAUUUUUUUACGUUUUUGUUGUUCUGCAAACGUUGCAAUAUGGGUCUUUACGAUAGUGUAAAUAGCUUUAUAAUUUUUAGAAUAAAUAGUCAUCACAAAUAUCCAAAGAUAGGCCAGCGACGGUAGAAAAAAUAGCACUUAAAUUCACACAAAUUAAUUUAUCACAAGAAUGACAUGGCCAUUUCGCUUCCGCUUUCAUACUUCUUAUAGGGAAUACUUUGAGUUUUUGGAGCAUCUACAAAAUCGCACAUGAUAACAUGGGUUAAACGUACAACAGCUCAUUCACACAUUCCUAGGAUGCUUUUUUAUUGAUUAAAAGUUAAAUUCGUUAACAGCUUAAAUGUCCUAACGUCAGCUGAAACGCAUCAUAUAAAUAUUGAUUUUCCUGGGCGACAACUUUUAUGAAAAAAAAAACCGAAGUUAGAUACAAAACAUUAUCAAAUGGCAAAGAAAGUAUUAUGUUUCACGCACAUUCCUCGAAUGCCCUGUGGCCAUAGGAAUUUCAAAAUAAUCCAUAAAAAACUUGUUCUGAAUGAAACAGAUGAUAACAGUACAUCUGAAAAAUCGCUGACAUGAUGCUUUUGACGCAUUUUUGACAUAAAUAUCAUGGCGUUAGAUCUUUCCUGUUUCAUCUAACAAAAUGAACUCUAUAGGGCGACACUUAAAGAAUUGUAGCUGGUGUUUCCUAAAUUCUACGUUAACACAAUAAGCCAUGAUUCGACAAAUUGGAAAGAUUUGUCAUGGUUACUCAGGAUCAGAAUUCGUUACACUUCCUCGCCAUUGGGGAAUGGAUAAUUAUCGCAUAAUUAAUAUCAUUCCUUCUCUGUUUUUUCAAUGAUAUGUACAUUUGUUGGGUAAAUUGACAACCGGUAGACUUUAUGACGUCGCUGGUACGGCAAGUUCCACAACAAUAUGCCCUACCCGCCUAACAUUCACUUCAACAGAUUGUUUCGGAUGUGUUACACGAACCAGCUUCAUCUAGAUGACAUGCUUAACAAAUCAAACCAAAAAAGGUAAUCCACCUUCAUUUUUACCUGCCUUCGACCAAGAAGGAUUUUUUAUCAAAAAAAUGACGAUGUGAUGUCCACCACAAUCUAGCAGUCUAAUAUGUAAACAUCAUACACGAUUUGAGAUCUACAGUAAAAUCAUGAAUGUGUACUUUCAGCCAAAAAGUUGAACUCUGACUUGGGACAAACUUAUGCGACAUUUCUGUACCACUUGCGUUACUUAGCAAAGCACAACAUGUCUCUAAACUUUUUGCUUCACCCUAGCACUCAUUAACCCAGGAUACAGUUUAGAAAAAUGAGAUCACGACUCAAGAUGACACAAUUUAGCAUAAAAAUGAAAGGAGAAGAAGAACCAUGACAUCAUUUGUGCCAAUUUUGUAGGGGAAAUGUAUGGAAUGAAAUAGAUUUUGUACGCUCUACUCAUGGCUCCCGUAGAAACAAGCCAACUAUAGCGCCCGAUUAGCUAGGGUUGCUAUGAUGAAAUCUGUUGAAAGAGGCCCAUUCAUCACCCGUAGUAGUUUCGGUUCGAAAUAGCUACAACCCUGACGAGCAUCGAUUGUUUAGAUCAAAAACUGAAACCCUAAUGAAAAGACCAAAACAAUAUAUAAGAAAACAAAACUAAUAACUUCGUACAAAUGAAAACAUGUGUUAGGAAUCAACCGUAAGAUGUAAUCUCUAUUUUUUCUAAACUGUUGCAUUGUGUUGUUAAAAUUGUACGUAACCUUAUCAGCUUUAAUUAUCGGUUUCAACUGAUUUUGACAAUCGCUCUAGUUGUUGUUGGUUCAAUUCCAGUACAACACCGUAUCCGUCUUUUUUACGUAUCAAAUUAGUUCCCUUCAACAGUCUAUGCAGCAUUUCGCGAAUUUAAAAGUAAUCAAGCCUUAACUGUGUAUUUUUUGACGAGUAGAAGAAGCUGAAUAAGAACGUGCUAUAUGCAGCCAAAAACACUCUUAUUCAGCUUCUGUACAACAAACAUGUUUGUUCAGUAACUAGAGCUAUUCGUCUUUCUUUUUUUCCUCAUUUUUGAGGAAUCAAACAAAAAUGAAAUACUUAUCAUCAGAAAGUACACUGAUUAGGCUUACCAACUCGGCUAAUUCUGCCAUAAGGCCCAAAUAAAGAGACACAUCAAGCGUCAGGCAAAUCAAAGGCCUUUCACAAAUUUCUCAAAUCCAUUGCCAAUAUCGGAAAUUGCAAAAAAAAAAACAAACGCUACCACGAAUCCAAAAUUGAACUCUAGUCAUCGCAGCUACCAAAUCUUUACUUGCGGCAAUCAAAAGAAAAUGACGCAACCAAAACAACUAGAUUUAGUUUGGUCCUUGGAGACACAGAUUCAUGUAAUUGAUAAACCAAAGUCAUGAAGCACAAAACCAAUGCUUUCGCGUUAAAGUUAUCAGUUAAGACUUACAUUGUAUUUUCGUCAAAAAAAAAACUACACUGUUCACUAAACCUUUGACCUACUAUCUGAAAACCCGAAGAUAGUAAUUUUGCGCAUUUAGCUAAAUAAAACAAAAUCCAUUCAAAGCAUAAUUUCCAAAUAAUGCUGCUAUUAUAAAACAAAAAUUGAAAACUAAUACAAGUUAGUAUAUAUUUGACGAAAUAUAUCCGCUUACAAAACAUUAUUAGUAUAUUUUUUGAAAACAACAAAAAAAAACCUUAGUAGUAGAAAACGAGAAAGUAAAGCGUAGUUCUAGUAGCAUAAGUAAGCAAGUCAUUACAAACAAAAUACAACACUAUAAAGCGAUUGAAAGGAAAACUCUAGAGUAAUACUGUAAAGUAAAUUACAGAGAAAGAACUUCAAACCUCCAACAACAACAAAACUUAUAUCAAACAACAUCAUCUCCAAAUCAAAGAGAUCAACAAUAAGACGAUUCAUAUGAGGCAAACUACCCGAGAUUUAUAAUCAGGCCCUAAAAGCUUACCCCAUUUUGGAUCCAAAAAUCCAAAAGCGGGUGGCAGAGCAUAAAUUCUAGAUAAGAAGAAGGUAAAGAAAGAGAACAACCAACGUUUAAUCGUGAAACCAAGUUGUCGAUGCACUAUUUAAAACAAAAAGAAAUGAGACAGAUAAAAGGUACGUUUAGUGAACAAAACAAAAUUUAACAACGUAGUCAAACUCGAAACCAAAUUUAAAAAAAGAAACACUUAGUUAUAAAAUCAAACCAAUAAAUGAACAAAAAUCAAUCGCACGAAGGCGGUUGAAAUCAGCAAGAAAAAAGCAACAGAACUAGACAUUCAUCAACAUUGCAUUAUUAUUAAACUAUAUAUCGCAGAUAACGUAAGACGGAAGCAGUAAAUCAUAUACAAAACCUUUGUUUCUUUUUUAAAAGGACAAAAACUGUUAACUAAGAAAACCAACAAAAAAAAACAGCAGGCAAACAAAAAAAGCGAUGAGCGAUCAUAAGCUAUUCAUAACUACAGAACAGUAAUCUAAUACUAAUCGGUAAGGGAAAUAGUUCUGAUAAGCAAAGAAAAUCCAGUGAAAAGAAAGUAAGUAAAUUAGAAUACAAAACCAGCUAUUUGAGGCAUCACUCUGUACGAAAUGAAAGCAAAGCAGAAAGAAAACACAAUAGUAAAACACAGCAGAAAAAAAAACAAAACUUUAAUGAGAAGAACAAACAGCAAAAGUAAAAUAUAUAUUUAACUUAAUGUGUAUGUAAUUUUAUGUGUGAUGUAAAAAAUCGGAACAAAUAAAUGCGUUAUAGCCACUAAAGUCAUUAAACUAA